AUGGCGUCGGCGCCUCGUCAGCGGAUACGUGGGGCCUCCUUUAAGCAGGAGUAUCAGUAUUCGGUCUCACGGCGACCUCGCCAACGUGCUCCUUCAAUGAAUCAAGAACUUAGCAGUAAGUGGGUUUUACCCGAGCAGGAGCAUAGGUUUAAAGGCAAACUGACUCUAGCUCUUGACCUUGACGAAACCUUGGUGUAUGCACGUGAAGGUCCUCUUUACGCACGUCCUGGGCUUGAUGAGUUCUUCAAACUCUGUAAAGAAAAAUGUGUUGAGGUUGUGGUGUGGACAGCCGGUCUUCGAGCAUAUGCUCAAGCAAUUAUACGGAACAUUGACAAGGAAAGAGUGGUCAGCCAUUGUAUAUACCGUCACAGUAAGUGGUUUACAGGAUACUCAGGAUAUCAAAAAGAUCUAGCCGCUCUUGGAAGGCCUCUUGAUCGGGUGCUUAUAAUUGAGAACACCCCUGACUGCAUUCGGGGAUAUCAACAGAACAGUAUCCUUGUAGAAGAUUAUGAGGGUGGAGAAAGUGCCGAUAAUACUAUUCCUGCCCUCAUCGAUCUUAUUCGGAGCUUGUGCGAUAGUUCAAUGACUGUUCCUCAAUUUGUGACUACAUGUCCGAUGCUUAAACAUGGCCCAAUUCAAACGGAUCUUGGGGACUUUAUCAAUGCUUACAGGCUGGACGUGGGUGUGUGGAAGCCAGGAGAGCAUGUACGUGUCAACCGUGAUUUGGCACCCCUCAAUAGUCAGGCGGCACAGUCUAGCGUUCAGAAUAACACUUCAGUUGCCGGAAGCAACGCAGCUGGCGCACGCUAA